GCACGUGCUUGGCAAACUUCGCACAGAAACCACCCAAAAACCUAAAGCAGAAAAAAAAGUGUUGCCCCGCCGUAUCGAUCGAAACCCGACCUAGUACCAGCCCAAUCAGUCUCCGCUUCGACGAAGCUCAUCACAACACUUCGACGACGCCGCCGCCGCUGCUGCCAGACACGAACGGUACCGACGAAAUCAUGGCGACUGAAAUCAACACGUUGAUGGUCGAGGGGACCUUUGCCGACCAGAUCGUCGAGCUCGCCCAGUACAUCGAUACCAUAAGCAAGACGAAUCCUUCGAAAGGCCUCAGCUUGGACAUCGAGAACUUUGUGGAGAACGACCAGAAGGAGGAGGCGCUGAAGAGGACUGUUGCCGCGAGCGCGGCACUGUCGUCGGCACCUGAGAGAGAGUUCAUCCCCGCCUUCAACCUUCUCAUCCACCUUGCCCGCUCGUCGCCCGAGUUCCCUACCUACAUUGCCACCUUCCUCGAGGUCUUGAGCACACCACCGCCGACAUCACCGCACAACGGUCCCGCCCUGGUCAUCUCGGUCCUGUCGACCAUCUUCAAUGUCCUCCCCGUCAACAGCCCUGCGCGCUACCCCGUCUACCGCACUACCUUGAAGGUGAUCGCCGCACACAGCCUGUACGACACCCUCGCCCCGCAGCUCAAGAAUGUCGACAAGUGGAUUUCCGAGUGGUCGGUCAGCGUAGAGGAGGCCCGGGAUCUCUACCUGGAGAUCGCCAACAUCGCCGAGGAGGCCAGCGACGAAGAGCAGUUCUACAAGUUCCUUGUCAAGGCCCUGCAGACAUUCCCGGACGCAGAGGCAUCGGCACCACAAGCGCGCGAGCUCGCCACCCGCCUCGUCAAGGCGGCCAUCAACCUCCCCAGCCGUCUCGACCUCGAGGAACUCUCCACCUUCCCCACCAUCCAGGCUCUCCAAGACUCCGACCCAGAGCUGUUCCAACUGUACGAUGUAUUUGCCGGCGGCCAGUUGGAGGACUACAUCGAGUUCAACGACGAGCACGAGGGCUGGGUCGACGACAACGGCAUUGACCACGCCAUCGCCUACCGCAAGAUCCGUCUGCUCACGCUGACGUCUCUCGCCGCCUCGUGCCCCGACCGCGAGCUCCCCUACAUCAACAUCUCGCGCCGCCUGCACGUGCCCUCGGAGGAAGUCGAGCUCUGGGUCAUCGAUGUGAUCCGCGCCGGCCUGGUCGAGGGAAAGCUCUCGCAGCUCAACCAGACGUUCCUGAUACACCGUGCCGAGAGCCGGACGUUCGGCAUGUCCGAGUGGGAGCAGGUCGCCGACCGUCUGGACGUGUGGAAGGACUCGCUGAGCAGCAUUCUGCAGGUUGUGAGGGCUGCCAAGGAGCAGCAGAAGGAGCAGGGCAGCGGUGGCGGUCCCAGUGGCAGUGGUGCUGGAAUGGAGGCUGGACGGAGGGGUGGCCGGCAGAUCGCUGUCGAAUAGAUGCAACAACAACUCUUGGGAAUCGAUUGUGUGUGUGCUCUUGGGAUCGGAACUUUUUUCGCUUUUUUUUUCUCGAUGACGUUCUACUUUGGUAAUUAAAAGGGUUCUACAAAAAUGGAUAGAGUCAUCGAUACCUCCUGCUGUAGCAGAUGAGGGCCGUUUUUGGCCCUGUGGACUGAAAGUACACCCUUUGAUCAAGGUCCUUAUGACUUUCUACCUAGGCUGGUGAGAUUGUGCGUAUACUUUUUCCACGAGAGCCCGCUGCUCCGGGCCAGCAACAUUGAGAUCUUCUUAGCC